GAUGUGCAGGAAAGACGUCGCUCGCGAAGUCCAGUGGAACGCAGAAGAAGCCGAAGUAGGAGUCGUGAACGGAGAGACGAUGCGAGACGGCGGGAUCUCGAAGAAAGGAACAGGAGUUCCCGUGAAGAUCAUGAUCGACGUGAUGAGAAACGUCCGAAGAAAGAUAAAGAACGUGAGUUGUUUGGGCAGUGCCCAUUUCAUUUCACGUUUACCUAUUUGACUAGGGCACUUGUAACAUUAACGUACGUAUUUUCAGCUGAAGUUCUUGACGUUGACUCAUUGAAAGGUGCCGAUAAAGAAAUAGCAAAAAUGAUGGGAUUUGUCAGUUUCAGCACGACAAAAAAUAAAAAGGUGACAGGUAAUACAGAUGGAGUUGUGAUGAUCAAUAAACCAAGAAGAUACCGUCAAUACAUGAAUCGUAAAGGAGGUUUCAACAGACCACUGGAUUAUGUGGCAUGA